CAAUAUAACCUCGGUGGUGCCUUGGGGAUGGCAUCACUAGUUGAAACCUCGCCACCCACAAUCGGACCAGAAAGAGAUGAUGGAGGGUGGAAGUGUAAUGGAGUUCGCCUCUCCAGACACACACCAAAGGACCCGCGCAGAUGCCCACCUUGCAGCGUGCACCUCGAGAAAGCUGGACCAGAGAGGGUGGCCCUGCAUGCAGUAAGGAAUAAGUUGGCCACCUACACAACCACACUGUGCCAGAUGGACUGGUCAAAGCCUGAACCCGGGGGAAAACAAGGACCCUCUCAGCUCUGUUGGUGCUGCAGGCUGGAGGCCCUGCGCUGGGUUCACUACCUCCAACUCCAGAGUGUGGAACUGCGGACACAGAGUGAGCUCAGUUGCACCAGCACAGGACCGGUGUCAUCCCCUCAGGCUGUACAUCACCUGCUCACAGACCGACCAAAAUCGGUGGGAGAAAGAGAAGGAAUGACACCCUCUCCCUCAGACGAUGGUCUGGACCAUAGUGGGCUCCACCUUGACUUCCCAGUGGGUUAUGGACACGCGGCACCUGGCACGGACGCAGGCAAGGCCUUCUGCAUGUUCUAUGCAGUGCUGGGCAUCCCCCUGACGCUGGUCAUGUUCCAGAGCCUGGGCGAGCGCAUGAACACCUUCGUGCGCUACCUGCUGAAGCGUAUCAAGAAGUGCUGCGGCAUGCGCAACACCGACGUGUCCAUGGAGAACAUGGUGACUGUGGGCUUCUUCUCCUGCAUGGGCACGCUGUGCAUCGGGGCGGCUGCCUUCUCCCAGUGCGAGGAAUGGAGCUUUUUCCACGCCUACUACUACUGCUUCAUAACGCUGACCACCAUCGGAUUCGGAGACUACGUCGCGCUGCAGACCAAGGGCGCCCUGCAGAGAAAACCAUUCUAUGUGGCCUUCAGCUUCAUGUACAUCCUCGUGGGGCUGACGGUCAUCGGGGCCUUCCUCAACCUCGUGGUCCUCAGGUUCCUGACCAUGAAUAGCGACGAGGAGCGGCGGGAGGUGGAGGACAGAGAGUCACUCCCCGGCCACCAGAAUAGCGUGGUGAUCCACGUUUCCGAUGAGUCGCAGCCGAGCCGGUCCCGUCGGUGCAAGGGUGGCGAGGGCGGCGACCUGCAGUCCGUGUGCUCCUGCUCCUGCUAUCGUACCCGUGCCAAGCUUGCCCCCCAGGCCGUGCACUCCAUCUCCUACAAGGUUGAAGAGAUCUCGCCAAGCACCCUGAAGAACAGCCUCCUGCCGUCUCCCAUCAGCUCCGUCUCGCCUGGGUUGAACAGCUUCGCCGACAACCUCAGGCUGACCCGCCGUCGGAAGUCCGUCUAA